AUGCCCAAAACAAAGAAGAAGUCCAAGAAGCAGCUUGAGGAUGAGCUUCAGAAAGCAGCUGAAGAGCAGAAACGACAGGAAGAAAAAGAGCGACUCUUCAAGCUCGAAGAGGAUGCACUUGCAGCUCACCGCGAAAGAUUAGAAAUCGAGCUGGAGGGCAAGAACAGAGUACUUGAAGCUGAAAGGCUCGAGGAGGAACAAGAGAUGGUGGUCCGUAUGAAAGGUGAACGAAAACGGUGUUUGGAUUACGAGCAGUCGAAGCUACAAGAGAAGAUCGAAUGGCAAAAAUUUGUCUCUUGCACCUCACGUCCCAAUGUCAUGUUUGAGAGUGAGAUCACAACUUAUGUCACCAUGGUGCGUGAGGAAAGGUCGGACAGGGAAUCUGUGGAGACAGCCAUUGAGAAGUGCAAAGCCGCUGAAGAGGUAGUUGGUGAUCUCCUGGAGCUCUACUGCAAAGCAUGUGAGGAAGGAAAUGUAACACGACAAGACUGGUGCAUGCACUACAUUGGUGAGAUUCGUGAUUUGGAAGUGGAACUGAUCGAUGCAGCCACAGCUCACUUGUUGCUCUACAUUGAAAAACAAGAGCCCAACACACACCUGCAGGUCUACUUGCAGUGGGGCAACGCAAACGACAACAUGAAGGUUGGAUUUUGGGGCCACUUGCAGAGCAAAGGCUUCCGUGCCAAGUCCAUUGAGCAUAGCAAGAUCCAGAUAGGACUAGAUUUGCCAAAGGCGAUCCAACUGCAGUCCAUUGGACAUUGCAUCGGGGUGCGAUCCUUGUACACCACCUUUGACAGUGCACAGGGUAAAGAUCCCGUCCAAAUGUCUAUUGGAGGCAUGAUCAGAGUAGACUUGCUCUCGAUCCCUCCGUUUAGCAAAAAGGUCAAAGGAUGGACGAUUCGACAGGUGCCUGCUCCGGGCAAGGAGCUAAUGAAGCUGCCAUAUCCAAACACGGAGCACACGACAGCCAGCACUGCCAUUGCUGCGCCUUGCAAGAUUGACUACAAGGUGCCCAGUCACGUGCUGGUCAGCAAAAACCCUGUAGUCUCUUGGUGGGAUGCAUCCGUGGAGCGUUGGUCCACAGAAGGGAUCAGUGAAAUUACCUGGGAGCAGGAAUCGAGGAAGAUCUCGUUCUUCACUGCAAGGCUUGCAUCAUUCUCCAUCACUCAGGAGCGUCACAGCGACUUGCCCUACAAGCAUUGGAACAUGAGGCCUUGUGAUGACAUGGUGGUGGAGCUCACGGUUCAGGCUGCCAGGUAUGAGCUACGCUUCAUGAUCUCAGAAGAUGGACUCAGGCUCAAAGGACCUCAGCUGCCAGAGCUUUUGGACGUUAUGUUUGAACCUGGCAGCGGAGAGGCAGGAGGCUUGAGCGGACCAAGUGGCCGACGACCUCGUAUUCGCAGUCCAGCGACCCUUUUGAACGAGCUCCGCGAGUGUGGGCUGAAUUUGAUGCCCAAGAACUCCGAUGCAGACCAACUUGAAGGCUACACUCCGAAGCAUCCUGAAACUCAGGCCAGGGCAUACUCGGACUUGAGCGAAAUAGCCGCUUUCUACGACAUUGCUUCCUCAAGACACAACAAGGACUUGCCUGCAGAGCGUGCCCUUGUGCGAAUUCGUGAAAAUGAGUUGCAUGAGGUCUUCAACCCCCUGGAUGCUGAUGGUGACAAUGACUAUCAAGCCAUUAUGUUCUUUCCUGACAAAUGUUGCCACGUGCAGUCGCUCGAAGGUAUUUCACCCUGCAGGGAAGCCAUGGCUCCUGGCCAUUUCACGCAUGCUAGCCUGUAUCUUUGCUUUGCAGAACCCUCAGACUGGACAUUGACAUGAGUGAUUUUCACAGCAUUUACUUUAUGAUACUCCAUUUAAAUCUAUUAACCAUAUGCAUAUAUUUAUACACAUGCAGUAUAUCCUUGGACGUUGAUAUGCAAAACCCUGCCAAGCGAUACUUACGCACCUCCAGUGUUCAUUUGCCAAACGCUGCAAAACGAUACUGGACGUCCCAACUUUGAAUGCAUGCCAAACACAUAUUGUAAUUUUGAAAACAGCUGACAUGCUCCCAAUCUGGUAAAUGUCGCGUUUCCUUUAAGACAGGAGCGCACUGUUGCAGAGUUGACAGCUCGACAGAAAGACCCAAGCCCAGACAAGCGAGGUUUUACACAGCCUAUUUUUGCAUUUUGCAUCAUGAUGAAGUGUUAUUUCUUGGAGGUUCAAGUGGCGGCUCAUUUCAACUCGUAGCUUCCUUCUUGUUACUACUAGUAAGGCACUUGUUACUACUAGCGAUGCACUUGUUGGUGCAUUUUGCAUAGGAGAAAGAUCCAUCACCGGGUCCUGCAC